UUGGCUGGGUGUCACAAAUAGGUAGCCUUUCUCCUGGUCACUACUUUCUUGUCCUCUUUUCACACAUGCUAAUCACGGUGUUCACUGGUGGACGCCCAUAGACCCAUUGGCAUCGGUUCCUCUUUAACGCUGGGAAAUUAUUUCUGCAACUUUAACUGCAUGAAUAUUUAAGUGAUUUUUUGGGGAGUCGGCCCGCACUACAGCAGUACCUCAGUGUGUCAGCAAGGCUCCAACUUUGUGGUACAGAGAGAAUGUCAAAAUGUAUGAAGGUUGAUGGAUCGUUUGAAGAGUAACAGAGCCAGUGCGAGUGAGUUAUAGAGGAAUCCCUCUCACGGACGAAGUCUAUCUUUGGAUUAAUGAAGGAGUGGAUGUAGAUGAUUUCUUGAAGGAUGGAGCAUAUUCACGACAUGAAAUGCAAAAUAGUGGUCGUUGGGGAUAGUCAGUGUGGAAAAACAUCACUGCUGAGCGUAUUUGCGAAAGACUGCUUUCCAGAGGGAUACGCUCCAACGGUGUUUGAAAACUACACUGCUAGUUUUGAAAUCGACACUCAAAGAGUUGAAUUGAGGCUUUGGGACACAUCUGGGUCACCUUACUAUGACAACGUGCGCCCACUGUCCUAUCCUGAUGCCGAUGCAGUCCUCAUCUGUUUCGACAUUAGCCGCCCAGAGACUUUGGACAGUGUGCCAAAAAAGUGGAAGGGCGAGGUGCAGGAGUUCUGCCCCAACACGAAGAUCCUGUUGGUGGGAUGCAAGUCAGACCUACGCACAGACCUCUGUAAUUUCGUGGGAUUCUCCAAUCAUGUCCCGACCCCCGUGUCAUAUGACCAGGGACUGAACAUGGCCAAGCAGAUCUCGGCUCCCUACCUGGAGUGCUCGGCCCUGCAGUCUGAGAACAGCGUGAGAGACAUUUUUCACGUGGCCACUCUGGCCUGCGUCAACAAGGGCCACAAGAAUGUGAAACGCCACAAGUCUUCGAGGGCCACCAGGAGGUGGCCCAGUCGACCAGAACUGGGGACCGUAGUUUCUGACCUUAACAAAUCCAAAGCUAAGAGCUGCACCGUCAUGUGACAUGGGAAAAGAAUGUACACGGUGAACGUAUGACUUUCUUGGGAUUAUUGUUUUUAAGAUGUGUGACCCCCCCCCCCCCCACUCUCUUUUGGAUUUUGUAUGAUAAGCCAUCUAUCCUUAGAACGCUAAUGAAGGGAAGGGACAAUCUUUUGCACUUUAAAUGUAAUGUGGAAACACAAAAGGAAGUAUUAUUGGGAGAGCCGUUUACGGACUUCACCAAGACCGAAACGUUUAAUGAAGACCAAGCCCUGGAUGACAUGCCUGGACUUGUUCCUGAUCUUUUUUUUUUGUCCUCAAAAUGCAUCUGGUACUUGGUGUCCCCAAAGGUGCUUCAUUUAGAGGUGAACCAUAAAGUGUGUCUGUCUUCCUGGUACUGAGAGUGAUUUAGGGCCACUAGGGUGACCUAAAGGAAGAUAUUAAUGUAGGUACAUAUGAUGUGCUCUCUAUGUAGAUUGUCAAAAUAGAUAUAGAUAUGUGUGUGUGUGUGUGUGUGUGUGUGUGUGUGUGUGUGUGUGUGUGUGUGUGUGUGUGUGUGUGUGUGUGUGUGUGUGCGUGUGUGUUUUCCCUUUGGAAUACACUGUGCUUUCCAGUGCUAUCCAGCAGUGCAAACCACUGAGUUCCCAUAAAAUCAUUUUCAAACCUGCAUUCCUUUGUACUUAGGUGUGGUUUCAGAUCCUCAUGGUUUGCCUGCAAAUCACAACUAAUGCAUUCAAAAGCCACAGUUGUCAGUGAUCAUUUCUCUGUGUACUUUUAUAGAAUAAAUCAGAACAGCUACUGGCAAAGAUUUCUUAUUAGAA